AUGACUUUUUCCGCAGUAAAAUCUUUGGGUACACCCAGCGGGCCUGAGAUCGGCGAAGAAGUUUGGGUGCGCGCCCGCGUGGCGACAGUCCGUGUGAAGGGGAAGUCGACGUUUGUGGUUCUGAGGCAAAGCAGCCUUCACACAAUUCAGGCCUGUAAGUUCAAGGACGCGGAGGAUGGAGGCGAAAGUGCCACAGCUGUGGCAAAGUUCUUCAAGUCCCUGCCGCUGGAAAGCCUUGUCGACCUGCGUGGAGUCAUUGCUGAGGCCAAUGUCUCGAGUUGCACUCAAAGCAAUGUGGAGCUCCAGAUCAAGCAGGUUUUCUGCGUCAGCCAAGCGGCGCCGCAGCUACCCUUUCUGAUCGCAGAUGCACAGCGCAGUGAGGCGGAGAUCGAGGCAUCGCAGGGCAGCAAGCGGCCCUUCGUGCGCGUGCUGCCGGACCUUCGCCUCGAUCACCGUUGGCUGGACCUCCGCGUGCCAGCGCACAACGCCACUCUUCGCAUUCAGUCUGCGAUCUGUCGCCUCUUCCGCGAUAGUCUGACGAAGCGCGGCUUCGUGGAGAUCCACUCCCCGAAGCUCAUUGCUGGGGAGAGCGAGGGGGGUGCAGAGGUUUUCCGCGUGGAUUACUUCGGGUCCAAGGCGUCGCUGGCACAGUCGCCGCAGCUCUACAAGCAGAUGGCCAUUUCAGCAGACAUGCCGGGUGCGUUUGAGAUUGGUCCCGUGUUCCGUGCGGAGAACUCCAACACCCCUCGACACCUGUGCGAAUUCACCGGCCUGGACUUCGAGAUGCCAAUCAUGUGGCACUACAACGAAGUGAUUCAGGUCAUUCACGAGACCUUGUCUGGCGCUUUCCAGGCCUUGGAGGAGGAGUGCGCCGAGGAGUUGAAAGUGGUGAGGCAAAUGUACCCAUCAGAGGCCCCCAAGAUGCCAUCUCCAGCUGGGCCGCCCUGCAUCCUGCACUGGGGCGAAGCCAUGGAGAUGCUCCAAGAAGCAGCUGCCUCGAGUGGAUCACCUGGGAGAACGGACAUGAUGGCUGACCUUAGCACAGAGGAGGAGAGACUGCUGGGAAGUUUGGUUCUUGAGAAGUAUGGCUCGGACUUAUUCUUCCUGGACAACUACCCCUCUGCUGUCAGGCCGUUCUACACCAUGCCAUCAAAGGACCAGCCCGAGUACUCCAACUCUUAUGACGUCAUCUUUCGUGGUCAGGAGAUCGGCAGCGGCGCGCAGAGGUGCCAUGACCCCGAGCUGCUGGAGGCGAGAUGUUCGGAGCUUGGCGUGCCCACGGAGCCGCUGCAGGGCUACAUUGACUCCUUCCGACACGGGGUCUCUCCUCAUGGGGGUGUUGGGCUUGGACUCGAGCGGAUCGUGCAACUGUAUUUGGGCUUGGACAACAUCCGCAAAGCAGCCAUGUUCACCCGUGAUCCGACGCGGCUGAGUCCAUGA